UUCCCAUAUCUCUAGCAAAACUUUUUACAGCAGUCCGUCUUAGCUUUCGAGCUGGUUUGUUCAGUUUAGCCUUCCUCUCAGUCUUCACCAAAAGUCUGUCAGGCUCUAGAACAUUUAAGAGCGUCUCCAGGCCCAUGGCAGACGAGCGCAAAGAAGAAGAGAGGAGGCGCAAAGAAGAAGAAGAAGAGAGGAGGCGCAGAGUCGCUCCGGAACGAGGAGCUGAGGGUGGGGAAGAUGUUGUGGACGACCCGAUUCUGGAGCAGGGGGCGGUCGUCCUCAGAGGGUAUGUGCUGCAGCGCCUUCACACGGAGCACCCUGAACGCCACAUCCCUGCGGAGGACCUCGGGGGGAGGCCUCAUGAACUGGAGGAGCACAACGUCAAACAGGUGGUGGAGCAGCUCAUCAAGAUCGCAGACGACAUAAACCGCAACGUGGAGCUGCAGCGACUCAUCAACCAAGUGGAGUGUGACUGUGUUCAGGACAUCUUCAUGACGGUGGCUCGCAGCAUCUUUGCCGACGGAAUCAACUGGGGCCGGAUCGUUGCUCUGUUUCACUUGGCGUACAAGCUCAUCUACAGGGCUUUAACCACAAAUCACAUUGAGAACAUCAGACUGGUCAUCAGCUGGGUGCUUCAGGUCAUCAAAGACCUUCUGUACUCAUGGAUCGUCCAGCAGGGAGGCUGGGAGGGGGUGAUCCGCGGCUUCACUCGAUGGAGGACAGUCGCCAUCGUAGCGUCCAUUGCUCUAGUGGCGUCUUUGGUGUACUACAGGAAAACCCGCUGAGAGCCUGAACCUCACGACCUCGUCAUCCUGCUUCACUGGACAUGGAUUAGAUUGAAAGACUGCAAAAAACUGCUCAAAAGAUUUAAAACACUGUUUACAUCAGUCUCACACUGUGUUGUGCCUGUUCAGACACUACAGUUUGACCUUUUCACUUCCAGCACAGUUAUCCUCUGCCCCUAAACACUAUUAUUUUUUUUAAUCCACCUGCCUCCACAGAUUUCUGGGACACUUAACCAGACGUUUACAUACACUAUAUAAAAACACACGUACGCUUUUCCUGUUUUAGGUCAAUUAGGAUUCACAAAAUUAUUUCUAUUUGCUAAAAGCCAGAAUAAUGAGAGAAGGGUUUUUUAGACAAUUAUUUGUUCCAUGGCCUUCAGACUGUGUAACUUGGGUCAAAUGUUUGGAUUUCUUUCCACAAACUUCUCACAAUAGUUGCAGGAGUUUUGUCCCAUUCGUCCGGACAGAGCUGGUGUAACUGAGCCCAGUUUGUGUCCGUCUCACUCGCACAGGCCUUUUCAGGUCUGUUCAGACAGAACUGAGAUGUUCAAUAGAACUGAGAUCAGGACUUUGUGAUGGACACUCCAAAACAUUGACUUUGUUAUCCUUAAGUCUCUUUGUUAUCCUUAAGUCUCUUUGUUAUCCUUAAGCCUCUUAGUUAUCCUUAAG